CGGUGUGACACUAAGUCGUCGAGAAGCCGACACCGAGCUGCCUUGCAAGAUCCAUUAUGUAAAAUACCACUACUGCAUUUCGGACUAUAACGCCAGGGAGAAGAGGACGGGGCAGAACAGAGCAUAUUCCUCUCCUAUCACCUUACUGCCCUUGUUUUCCCUCUCUCAUCUGACGCAAUACAGCGACCAUUGGACCUUUCUACCAAAGUGGAAGGAAUAAGGAGAACAUAACAGUGCUAGAAAGGAAUAGCCAUCCCUGUCCCAACAAACUUCAGCAGAUAUAAAUCAAUACAGUGAAUGUUGACGUUAAGUGCUACGCGCUGUAAAUUACUACUUGACAUCACGCUGCACCUGUUGACUUAGAAUUCGAUGCCGGGUACGAAUAUGACAGCAAGAAACUUGACUGGGAAUACAAAUCCGACUCGCGCAAGCGCAACCAAAGAUGAAGUCCAAGAUCACACCAGCGGUUGCCUGUUCCCCGAGCUCACGGGCAGAACGUCUCCCGCUACGACUACGACACCGAGGAGACAAACCACACAGCUAGAGAGCCAAGUGGCAGUCGAUCUCCAGGACUGUGCAGAGCUAUACCAGGCUCCCAAAGAUCUGGUCCUGGCAGGCAUUUGGGCGGUUGUGCCACAGAGAUUCACACGCGGUGACCAAGCACGCGUCGGUCUGGAUGACUUCAAGAUUACCCUCAUCUCCACCCACAACGCGGUAUUUAUCAAAUACAGCACCGACUUUCUAUCUAAUACCUUUGCGCGCGCAGUCGCUGGUGCAAUCACACAGGCCUUGGCCUAUGUGCGUGCGAAUCCUCCAACUCUGAUCAGCACAAUCAGCCUUUUGUGUCCCAAACAGCAGGACCUUGUGGAGUCAUGGAACCAACAAAAGAGCACAGAAAGUGUGCCUUUCCUGUUCCAACAUAUUGCCCGGCAGGUAAAGCACCGGCCUACCGCCAUCGCACUGGAAUCGCAUGAAGGAACAUGGACAUAUCGCGAACUCGACCGAAUCUCAACUGUGCUAGCUGCUAAACUCCAGGCCCGGGGUGUCACCUGCGGAUCUCUUGUGCCCGUGUGCUUUGAGAAGACGGGAUGCGCGACGCUGGCCAUGUUGGCAGUGAACAGGGCCGGGAGCGCAUUUGUCCCCUCUGACCCCUCCCACCCAGGGAAGCGGCGAGACGAGAUGGUGAAACGAGUCAAACCGACUUUGAUCCUCACGAGCGAGAAGCAAAAGAGCCUUUUUCGUUUUUCCGAUGUGGAUGUUUUGGUUGUAUCGAGUCAGACGGUCGACACCAACACUGACUGCAGACACUUGAAGUAUACACCCCCCAGGGACUCCUCGUCGCCAGCCUACAUCCUCUUCACCUCGGGCAGCACCGGCAUCCCCAAGGCAUGCGAGAUCUCACACGCCGCAUUUUCAAGCAUCGACAACCAUGUGCCUGCUCUUCAGCUAGGGCCUGAUAUCCGCGCCUUGCAAUUCGCCUCGUUUACCUUUGGGAUGGCCAUUAUCGGACAGUUCUGUACCUUGGCUGCUGGCGGAACGAUCUGCAUGCUCUCGGACUACCAGCGCCUGGACUCCCUGGCCGCGGGUAUGUCCGCCUUGCAGGUCAACUGGACGAUCCUUACGCCGACGGUACUUGGGUCGCUGUCGCCGCGGGAUCUACCUUGUCUGCGUCACUUGAUUAUUGCAGGUGAAGCGCUCAAUGGAGAGCAGCUGGCGAGGUGGGCGGCGAGUGGUGAAGUCAAAGUGUACCAGGCGUUUGGGUUGACCGAAUGGACGGGUAUCUUUGCUGUUUCGGGGGAUCUGGCAUGCUCAGCCUCCAAGAAUAAUCACUUGAAGAGGAGAGGCAACCCAACGCCGACGAUUUGCAGACCUGUAGAUGGGCGUGCCUGGCUCCUGGAUCCAGACAAUGUGGACGUUCUGGCGCCGGUGGGCGCGCCGGGAGAGCUCGUCAUCUCGGGCCCGGGGCUGGCGUCUGGGUACUUCGAUGACCGGGAGGUGACGGAGAGGGCCUUCUCAAGUGCUACGGCCGUACCCUGGCUGCGAGGCUGGCCGGCCCUUCCGGCAGGCACACGGGUGUACGCAACCGGGGACAUCAUGCGGUACGACUCGAAUGGCGCGCUCGAGGUCUGCGGGCGGAAGGACCACCAGGUGAAGAUCCGCGGGAUGAGAGUUGAGCUCGGGGAGGUCGAGUCGGCCCUGCAGGCUUCACUCCCCGAGGCAAAGGGGGCUGUGGCCAUGGCUCUUACCCCGUCCGGUGGCGAUGGACAGCUCCUUACGGCGUUUGUCGUUCCUCUUCUCCCCCUACCGGUUACAGAAUCGAUUGACAUCAAGACGCAGGUCCGCUUCCUGGAAAUGGAUACCAACUGCCAAGCCGCUCUUGCUACUUGUAGGGGGCUCCUCAAGGACAGGCUUCCUGAUUACAUGGUUCCGCGGUAUUUGCUGCCUGUUGCCGCGCUUCCCACUACGGUUUCGGGCAAGAUUGAUCGCCAGAGGCUCGCCCAGGUGGCGAAGCAGUUGACUGUGGACGAGCUGCAGUUGCUGGCUGGUUUCAAGCGGCUGAAACAUCGGGAUCCUACAACGGACACCGGGCGGUUGGUCUGUGAUAUGGUCAGCAAGGUGCUAGCGGGGGUCUCGGCCCAGAGCAUGGCUAAUAACUUCUUUGAGCUUGGCGGCGACUCGGUCAGCGCAAUGAAGUUAACUGGCCUUGCUCGGCGGCAUGGGUUCAAGCUCACCGUGGGCGAUGUCUUUAGGCGGCCUAUGCUGGCCGACUUGGCUGCUGGGCUAGUCAAGACAGUCCAAGUAACAUCGCAGAUUCAGCAGCCGUUUGCCCUAAUUGACGGUCUUGGUGCAGCUGAUAUCAAAGCCCAAGUUGCCCAGCAAUGCGGUCUCGAUGCCUCUCAGGUUCUAGAUGCGUACCCAUGUACGCCACUCCAGGAAGGGCUCUGUGCCCUCUCCGCGCGUGAUACAACUGCGUAUAAAGCUCGCGUCGUAUGCGAGUGCAAGCCAGGAACAGACGCCUCAUCAAUCAAGACCGCGUGGGAGCGCAUCUUCGAGAGCCAUGAUAUCCUACGCACCCGACUGGCUGCCUCCUCUUCCCAAACCAUUCAGGCCGUUGUGCGCGAGGCGUUUGACUGGGACUAUGCUCCCACAGUAAAGCGCUACGAUGCGACAAUGAAUGAUGAGCCCAUGGGAAUUGGCAAACGGUUGGUGCGAGGAUGUUUGAUCAGUGGUUCUACACUGACGCUGGUCCUCUUUAUCCACCACACCCUCUGCGAUAGAUGGUCAAUCCGCCUUCUCGAGCAGAUGCAAAUUCUUGUUGGGUCUUCUACAGCACCAACCCCUCGGCCGUUCCGUCCAUUCAUCAAGCAUCUCCUUAAGGCCCGGAAUGAAGUCACGGAGUACUGGACCUCCCAGUUCGCCGGUCUCGAGGCUACAGUCUUCCCCGAACUACCUGAGCCUGGAUACACACCACAAGUCGACCAACGGAGCACAUACACGCUACAGCUCCCCUCGCAUGUUGCUCGUAGCCAGGGGACAAUGGCCACCCAUAUCCGGCUUGAAUGGGCCCUCGUCCUUUCCCACUACACGCGCCUCAACGAUGUUCUUUUCGGCGCCACAGUUACAGGGCGCGGCGCUCAUCUAGCAGGCGUGGAAACGCUCUCGGGUCCGACAAUCGCCACAGUUCCUGUCCGGAUCAAGUUGGAUACAUCGCAGACAGCAGCUACUGCACUUGGCCAAGUGCAACAGCAGCUCAUUGACCUGAUUCCAUACGAACAGGCUGGGUUACAGAACAUCAGACAUUGUGAAGAAGGGGCUGCCACGACGGGUGGCUUUGCCUCGUACGCACUGUGUUUGGAGUGUUAUCUUGCGGAAGAUGAGCAGACGCUGGAUCUAGUGGCCCUGUUUGAUGAGACUGUAAUCAGCAAAGACAGAGUGCGCCGACUGCUCAUGCAUCUCGACCUCACCAGCCUUUUGAGUCUCCUGUCACACGUCAGUCCCCAUGACUGGACACAGAUACGCCAGUGGAAUGCUGUCGUUCCUCCAAGGACUAAAGAAACGGUGCAUGGGCUAAUUUCGCAGCGCGCGCAAAGCUCUGCUGACAAGCUGGCUGUGUCUGCAUCUGAUGCAUCGAUCACAUAUCGAGAGCUGGAGCACUACGCGACAAUCCUGGCAGAUGAGCUUCUGCGCUGUGGUGCCACCCCAGGGAGUAUCACACCGGUAUACUUUGAAAAGGGGUGCUGGGCUAUCGUUGCCAUGCUAGCGGUGCUGAAGGCCGGCUGCGGAAUUGUGCAUCUAGAUCCCUUGUAUCCGCGCGACCGGAUUCGCAAGAUACAUGCCCAGACUGGCUCGCCGGUCAUCUUGUGCUCGGCGUGCUUUGCGCCUCGCGUGGAAGAGCUAGGGGCCAAGGCAAUCAUUGUCAACCAGGGCUCUGGCCUUUGGCGGCGGUCUAUACCAACAAGUCCCUUUCCACUCGUUGCUGCCUCGGCAAUUCUCUACUUGAUCUUCACCUCCGGUUCCACAGGCGAGCCCAAGGGGUUGAUGGUCGACCACGCGGCCUUUAUCGCGUCUGCGCGUGGCUACAUUCCUGAGAUCCAGAUCAACGGCGCCACGCGCAUGCUCCAGUUUGCGUCUGUCGCAUUCGACGCCUACUACGUCGAGAUCUUUCCUGUCCUUAUGGUCGGUGGAGCCAUCUGCGUGCCCUCUGCCACCGAGCGACGAGACGACAUCUCAGCCUUCGUGCGGCAAGAAAAAACCACCCACGCGCUCUUUACGCCUUCGUACGCACGCACACUCGACCCUAGUACUGUUCCCUCUUUGCUCGUACUCUGGAUCAUUGGUGAGGCGGUGCUCGACACAGACGUCGCAUUGUGGGGGCCUCACGUCCGGCUGGUAAACGGGUACGGGCCAGCCGAAUGCGCUGCGUGCGCUACAACACAGCACUAUGACAUGCCAGCCGUAUCCAGGGGACAAAUACACCCGCACGAUAUUGGGCACCCUCGGGGCUGUAUGGCGUGGGUCUGCGACCCUGACGACGUUACGAUACUGCUUCCCAUCGGUGUGGUUGGCGAGCUUAUCAUUGAGGGGCCAACAGUGGGUGCAGGAUACUACAAGGACCUCGCUAAAACAGGGGAAGUGUUUAUCAAGGCACCGCAGUGGCUACAGGAGUUCCGGGGGAAUACUUCGUCCCGUGUCUACAAGACCGGUGACCUGGUGAGAUUCCACGAGGAUGGAAGACUGAGGUUUGUCGGGCGUCGCGGCGAGCAGUUCAAGCUGCGAGGGCAGCGCAUCGAGCCCUGGCAUGUCGAGCACCAGUUGCUGCAGACUUUUGAGACCGCUAUCCAGGUUGCUGUUGUUUUUGGGGUUCCCAAGGGCGCGGAGGAUCGCCCGGCGCUCGUUGCAUUUGUGUUGACGGAGGAGACGCGUGUAGUGUCAGACAAGACUGCGAAUACAACGAUGCCCGAGUACAUGAUCCCGACCCUGCUCCUCGCUGUCUCUUUCAUGCCGCGCACACUAUCAGGCAAACUCGACCGGCGCAGAUUGAAACAGGAAAUCCCCAGCAGGACAUUCCCGGAGCUAGCUCAGUAUGAGUCCUCUGUCAAUACAGCAGUUGCUACCAUUCAGCUCCCAGGAACAGAUGCCGAGCGCGAACUUCAAGCCACCUGGUCUCGCGUUCUGCGCGUCCCAGCUGAAAGCAUCGGGGUGAACCAGUCCUUCUACCAUUUCGGUGGUGACUCGAUCAUAGCCAUGCUCGUCGUGGCGCAGGCGCGGAAUGGCCCUUUAAAAUUAGUGGUGACGGUGGAUGAUAUUCUCCGUCUACGCACUAUACACGCCAUCGCUGCCCAGGCGCUGAAGAACUCCGUCAAAGACACUCUACAGUUAGUUACCUCCUUGUGCCCCGGAUACCCCAUUUCCGCUCUCACCUAUCCAGCGCCUCUUCUUCGAUACCAACCCGGGGGGCCAGAACCAGUUCAGCCAUUCUCUGCUUCUCCGUCUGGGCCAUCGUAUCGAGCCAUGCCAGCUCAGGGACGCCAUGGAGAAACUACUUAUCGCUCGCAUGAUAUCGCUGAUAAAUUUCUGCUUGACACUGUUAUGGCGCGGAGCUUAAAGAGUCUUGAUAUCACCAGGGGACCGCUCUUCUCUACGGAUCUGAUUACUGCUGGUACCACCCAGGAGCAGUGGGUGUUUAUCGUUGCGCAUCAUUUGGUUGUGGACUUGGUUUCUUGGACCGUGCUUCUCAGGGAUCCGGAGAGCUUGCUCCGUAGAGAAGCAGUUCUGGCUCCGUCUGUUUCGUUCCAGCAAUGGGCCAGUUUGCUUGCAAAGCACGGAAAGGAGCAGCUCUCCCCGCUUCAGUCGGCAAAGCAGAUCACAAACAGUGCCUUUGAUCUGGAUCUGGAAUUCUUCUGGGGCGUUUCCAGUGGCAUCAACGGCAGCUACAGUAGCACACUUGGCUUAACGCGCGAGAUGGUUUUGACGAUUCCCCCCUCAACUACAGGGUCCCUUCUUGGCCACGCAAACCAGGCAUUUGGAACUCAGCCUGUGGAACUACUGCAUGCGGCGCUGGUCAGUUCAUUCCACGAGACAUUCCCUGACCGAGCACCACCAACAGUCUUCCUCGAAGGCCACGGCCGCGAACCCUGGGAUACGGCCAUUGGCCUUGCACGGACAGUGGGGUGGUUUACUACACUGGUGCCCGUGCCUAUUCAGCUUCCAAACAAUAGAGCUGGGGAUGAGAGUGCUCUAUACUCGUUUGUGCGGCUGUGCAAAGACGGGCGGCGAAGUCUGCGGCACAAUGGGCUUGAGGAUUUCACAGCGCGGUACUACAACAAAGGCACUUGUACGCAAGGCAGCAGGACGCCAAUGGAAGUUGUGCUCAACUACGCCGGCCGCUACGAAGGGCAACUUGCGCACACAGCCACAUCUGGCCUCUUCGAGGUCUGUUCGUUGCAAGACCAUAAUAUCUAUGCCGCCUCUGAUCAGCUGAAGCGGUGGUCGCUGGUCGAUAUCAAUGCACUUGUUGAGAUGGACGACUCCUUGACUUUGUCAUUCACGGUGCCAAAGGGAUGUAGCAGUGCGAUACUCGAAUCCUGGAUAUCUAAUCUUCGGAAGACGCUGGAUUACAUGGCGGCCGAGUUCAGUGCACUCGAGCACAGGUUGACGCUUGCUGAUUGUCCGCUUCUGGACUUGAAUUAUGAACAGCUCGGUCUCCUACACGACAGUCUUGAUAUGGCGGGAAUUGAGACGAGAAAUAUCGAGGGCGUGUAUCCCUGCGCGCCGAUCCAGCGCGGGAUUUUGCUCAGCCAGGCAAAGAACCCGGCUUUGUACCAUGUGGCCGUCUCCUGGCAUGUCAACACCAAGGCCAGCGCCCACGAGUCUGUUGUGGAGGCAAUCAAAAAGGCCAAAGGAGCAGUGCAGCAGGUUGUUGCCCGCCAUGCCGCACUGCGCUCUGUGCUCAUCCCUGCUCUGUCUGGCGGCGGUGCGUAUGAGCAGGUCGUGCAGUCUGUUUCCGAGAACGAGAUCCCUGUGAUAUAUCUUGACGGUGAAUUACCAAGUCCAGGAACCGACUUUCGCCCGACCCCUGAGUGUCCCAGCCGUUUCGCCCUCUAUGUUUCUCGCGAGCAGGUGUAUAUACGGCUCGACAUUACACACGCCUUGAGUGAUGCACAGACGCUGCAGAACGUUCAGAGUGAGCUCAGGCUCGCCUACGCGGGUGAGCUAAGUACGGUCAAAGCUCCAGCAUAUGCCAACUACCUCUCCUUCCUCCGCGUGCAGGACGAACACGCCGCAGGUAAAUUCUGGGACGAGUACCUCACCGACUGCGAGCCGUGCGUGUUCCCAACCCUGAACGAGCACAGUCCAGAUCAGCCGGACGAAAACCACACGCAGACGUUAGUGUUGACGGAAAGCCAGGUUGCUGCCAUCAACAGCUUCUGCCAGGCUCGCAACCUCACAGCCGCAACGAUCUUCUCUUCCGCGUGGUCGCUGGUGCUGCGCGCCUAUACAGGGUUUGAUAAUAUCUGCUUUGGGUAUGCCAAUUCAGGACGCGAGCUGCCCAUCGAGGGCGCAGCGGAGAUUGUAGGCCCGCUGAUCAAUGUCCUUACGACCUCGUUGAAGUUGGCCAAUCUCACGGUGGGCGAGCUGCUGCAGACCGUGUCUGAGGCGUACCUGGCCGGCCGCGCCCACCAGACGUUCCCCUUUGCUGAAAUUCUGCAUCGCAAGGGACUGAGCGCCACGUCGCUCUUUGAUACGCGCCAUGAUCCGGCUGAAUAUGCCAUCACCGUGAAUAUCGACAUUGAGGAGACAAAGACCGUCGUCCACCUGCGGCACUGGCUGUCGCGUGUCUCGGACGAGCAAGCAGCCCUCAUCGCCUCGUCCUUCCAACAUGCAGUGACCCCGAUCAUCAGCAAUGAGACAGUACCCGCAACAGCCAUUUCACUCGUCAGCGCCACGCACUACAACCUCCUCCAGGGCUGGAUCCAGCGUGUCCCUGCCACCCCCUCAUACUGCAUCCACCAGGCCAUCGAUCAGCGCGCUCGCCAGCUUCCCAACAAAACAGCAAUCUGCACCUCCUCUGGCUCCCUCACAUACUCAGAGCUCAGCUCGCUCUCCGAUGCCCUCGCGUGGUAUCUCUCCCGCGGCGGUGUCGGACCCGGCGAUUUCAUCCCACUGUGUUUCGAAAAGGGCCUCUACACCAUCGUCGCCAUGCUCGCUAUUCUGAAAACCGGUGCGGCAUUUGCCUUGCUUGACGCUACGCAUCCAGACCAGCGCCUCGUCAGCCUUGUGCAGGAGGCGGGGAGUAGCAUCGUUGUUGCCUCAAGCGCACAAGCCGGUCGAUGCACCUCCUGGGCGCAGAGGGUCAUCACAGUCGGCGCAGACGACGACGUCUGGCGCGCUUCCCCCCCCGCUGUGCGCCCAGGGAAGCCGAAAGGCGUGAUAGUUGAGCACGGCGGGUUCGGAGCCAUGGCUGAAGCAGCGCACGAUUUAUGGAGGAUCACACACGCGACCAGAUUCAUCCACUUCGCAUCCCAUGCUUUUGACGUGGGGUCGUUUGAGAUGUUGUUCCCUCUCAUGUCUGGUGCCACGACAUGCGUUCUGUCCGAAGAGGAACGACGUGACUCUCUAGCGGAGAGUAUGACCAGUUUCAAAGCAAGUCAUGCAUUGCUGACGCCAACGGUCUCACGGACGAUCCUCCCCUCUGAAGUGCCGCAUUUGCGGGUCCUGGGAUUAGUCGGUGAGGCUGUGACACAGGUGGAUAUUGAACUCUGGGCCGAGCCUUUGAGUCUUCUGAAUAUAUAUGGGCCUGCGGAGGCGACAGUCGAAGCUGUAUGUCAGGGGAAUAUCACGACCGCCCCGCGGGCAGGGGACAUUGGGCGCCCUGUCGGCUCUGUUGCGUGGGUGAUUGACCCUGAGAACCCCGAGCAACUGCUCCCCAUCGGAGCCCUCGGUGAAUUGCUGAUUGAAGGGCCGAUCGUCGCGCGUGGGUAUAGACCGGAUGCUACGAGGGCUGCGUUUAUUGACCCCCCAGGGUGGCUGCGUGAGCUGCGCGGUGAUACGAAGCAGUACCGCCUAUACCGAACUGGGGAUAUGGCUCGCUACCGUCCCGAUGGCCAGAUGACAGUCUUUGGCCGCAAGGAUACGCAGAUAAAGAUUCGUGGGCAGAGGGUUGAGCUUGGCGAGGUCGAGUAUCAAGUGCAUAGCUCGUUCGAGGGCAGCCAGGAUGUGGUGGUCGAUCUGGUGUACACUGGAAAGGACAAGACACCCAACCUGUAUGCGUUUAUCUGUUUGGAUGCAGAUACCGCCAAGAGCUCAGCCAUCGAAGAGAGCAGACCUGGCUUUGUCGCUGUUCCAGACAACUCCUUCCGCGCCCAGGCAGCGACGUGCGCCUCUCACCUGCUCGACCAUCUGCCGGCAUACAUGGUCCCCAGCUACUUUGUCCCACUGAACCAAAUGCCUCUCAACGCAUCAGGCAAAGCAGACCAGAAACAGCUGCGCUUCUUCGUCACGGCUCUCACCAGUCCCGAACUCCAAGCCUACCGCCCCAUCGCUAGCAAGCAUGUCGCCCUCUCCACACCCGAAGAACACCUCCUGCAGACCCUCUGGGCUGAGGUAUUGGACUUGCAAAGAGAGCACAUUGGCGCCGAAGACCACUUCUUUCAGCUUGGCGGUGAUUCGGUAAACGGUAUGCGCCUUGCUGCGACUGCCCGCCGCCACGGACUGCACAUUUCGGUUUCCCAUAUCUUUGCGAACCCGCGACUGGGGGCUCUGGCGCGCGCUGGAGAGACACAGGAAGGCGCGAAUCAGUUUGAAUACACGCCCUUCUCGCUCAGCCCGGUUCCCAAGGAAUUCUUCCCGACGUGGGAAGCACUUAUGCGUUCCAGGGGGAUCGUUUCUCUGGCUGCGAGGCUUGUUGAUGUCCUCCCUGCGUCCGCUGGCCAGGCUUUCUUCCUCGAGAGGCCGACUCUACAUCACUUUACGUUCCAGCUAGAUGGCAGGUUGGACGUGGAAAGGUUGAGGAAGACAUGCGAGAUUGUCUAUGCCCAUUAUCCGAUCCUGAGGACCGUUUUUACCAAAUAUCAGGACCAGGUCCUGCAACUUGUCCUCGACAACCUCCCUCUCCCGUUCCACCACAUCGUCACAGACGACAACACUGACCCAGCACUUUUCGGCGAGAAGCUUCGGCUGGCAGGGAAGCAGAACCAACAUGGCAUCUUCAUCGAUCGACCCGUGUUCGCAUUUAUCAUCAUCAGCAACCCCGCGAAACGAACAGCACAGCUGUACUUCCGUAUGACCCAUGCGCAAUGGGACGGUGUCUCUCUGGGUGAGCUCUUUGCUACAUUCCGCCAGGCAUGGCACAACCAAGCCACAGCCCCUUCCACACCACUAUCCCGCGUCCUGUACCACCGCUUCACGAGAGAUAAAGCCUCGUCUUUUACCUUCUGGAAAGAGUACCUAGCCGGGUCGACCAUAACCCCUCUUGCGGGCCUUGCCACCCUCCCAACACGCUCAGAACUAGACCUCAGCAAGGGCGAGACGAUCUGGCCCAACAUCAACCUCCACCCCGCCCCUGUCCCCCCAGCGGGCAUAACGAUGGCCAGUGUUGUGAAAGCCGCGUGGGCACUCGUCCUCGCCUCCGAUUCCGGUAGCAAGGAACCGAAACAGGACAUUGUCUUUGGCCAGACCGUCAACGGACGAAGUUCAGCGCCGCUCGCUGAUAUCGACAGCAUCCUGGGCUGCUGUUUGAAUUUUAUUCUCGUCCGCAUUCAGGUCGAGGGCGGAGGUAGAGGCAAAGACUGGACCAUCACCGACCUGCUAACACACACACAAGCCCAGUACCAGGAGACCGUCGCCCACGACGACAUUGGGUUCCCGGACCUGGUGUCGAACUGUACAGAUUGGCCCUCUGACACCACACUAAGCACAAUCGUGCAACAUCAAAACAUCCCCUUGACGCACAAGAUGGAGCUGGAAGGCCUCGAAACAGCAUUCGCGUUCAAUGGCUUCUUCCGACCAGGGCGCGAACUGUUUAUCUUUACGGAGCCGCAUAGUCUUCCCGAUGGGGAUCUGUUGAGUGUGCAGUUUUGUGUCAACCCGAAUAUGAUGACAAUUGAAAGGGCGAGCGUUUUGCAUAAGAAAUUGGUCGAUACAAUUGUUAGGCUUUGUGAGCCUGGGAAGGGUGGAGAGAGUGUUGCUUCGUUUCUAUAA